CGCGGCGGGACCGGCCGGAGGACGAUGCCGGUGACCCUGGAACUGCGGCUCCUCCUGCUGGCACUGGCGCUGCGGGGGGAGGCAGUGUCCGCCUCCGUGUCCCCCCCCGAGUCGCCCUCCGUGUCCCCUGCCACGUCUCCCCCCGAGUCGCCCUCCGAGCCGUGCGGGGCGGCGCUGGCGGAUGUGCUGAGGCGGCUGCGGGAGCUCGAGGGACACGUGCAGGCACUGAGGGGACACUGUGGGGACAAGGGCGGACCCCAGGCCGGGACAGGCCGCUCGGUGCAGCUCUGUGCGCCCCCUGCCGGCGGCGGCUGCGCCUGCCCCGCCCCCUCGGGCGAGGCCCCGCCCCCGGCCCCGCCCCCCGCGUGCCCGCGCGGCUGCAGCGACCAGGGCCGGUGCGAGCGCGGCCGCUGCCGCUGCUUCCCGGGCUUCGCCGGCCCCGACUGCGCCGUGCGCGCAUGCGCGCCGGGAUGGGGCGGCGCGCGCUGCGACAUCGAGGUGCCCUGGGUGACACCACGAUUGGCCUCCCGCACCCCAACGUCCCUGCGCAUCACCUGGCCCCAGCCCCUCAUUCCUCCUGAUGGCUACCGAGUGACACUUGUCCCCCUGGAUGACCCUGUGGCCAUGACAACGCACGAACUGCCCAGCUCUGCUGUUGCCUUCUCAGUGACAGGGCUGUCUCCAGGCCGCCCCUUCGAGCUGCUGGUCCAGGCCCGGCGGGGGCCGCACCUGGGGGCACCCGGGGUCCUGCGUCUGCGCACAGCACUCAUCCCGUCUGUGCCUCACUAUGAGGGGUCCCCGGGGUCGCCUCAGGGCUCCCUGGGGUCCCCAGCAGUGGCACCAUCAGUCCGAGGGCCCCCAGAGUCCCCAGGAUCCCCAGGGUCACUGGGGUCCCCAGGGUCACACGUGUCACCCGUAUCACCAGACUUGUCCUUGGGGUCACCCGGGUCUUUGGGGUCACCAGCACCCCACAAGGUUCCAGCAUCUCCAGUAGCUCGAGGGUCCCUGGGAUCCCCAGCACCUGCAAGGUCAUCAGUGUCACCAGAAUCCCCAGAGUCACCAGCAUCACCAGAAUUCCCAGGAUCAUCAGUGUCACCAGAUUUCUCAGUGUCCCCAGAGUCCCCAGAGUCUCCAUUGCCCCCAGAGUCCCCAGAGCUGCCAUGGUCCCCAGAGUCCCCAGUUUUUCCAGGGUCUCCUCCACCCCCGUGGUCCCCAGUGUCCCCGUGGCCCCCACUGUCCCCAGGCAUCCCCUCCCUGCAGGACCUGGUGGCCCGGCUCUCCACGUACAGUGGAUCCCUGCUCCAGCGUCUCGAGAGCCACCUUCGGGCCACCAACUUCCCACUCCGUGGCAACCAGACAGUGCCAGGGGUGGCCCGUGCCAUCCUGGCCUACAUCCUGCGCCGGCACCCAACCCUUGGGAGAGGACAGGGACCCACAGGGGAAGGUGGAAACCAGGAGCCAGUGCUGGAAUGGGGGGACAUGGAUGGGAUGAAGCUGAUGGAGCCAUGGACGGACGUGGGGAAAACAGUCAAAACCGAGCCAGAAGAGCUGCGUCCAUCCCGGCCAGUCCUGGGUGACCUCAGUGUCACCAGCAUCACCCCCAGCACCAUGCAGCUGCAGUGGAAUGUCCCUGAGGGCUCCUUUGACUCCUUCAUGCUGCAGUACCGGGAUGCCCAGGGCCAGCCCCAGGCCCUGCUCAUCGAUGGCAGGUCCCACUCAGUGACAGUGCCGGGGCUGUCCCCUUCUCACCGGUACCGCUUCCAUCUCUAUGGGCUGCGGGGUGAGAAGAGGAUUGACCGUGUCUCCAUUGAUGUCAUCACAGCUGCAGAAGAGCCAGAGGAGCUGUCCUUGCCCUCAGAGGAGCCCCAACAUGAGAAAUCCCAAACUGAGGCCCCUGCAUCUGAUGCAUCCCCAGCACAGGCAGCACUGGGGGAGCUGAGAGUCACCAGCAUCAGCCCCGACUCUGUGCAACUGCAGUGGAGCAUCCUCGAGGGCUCCUUUGACUCCUUCAUGCUGCAGUACCGGGAUGCCCAGGGCCAGCCCCAGGCCCUGCCUGUUGAUGGAGAGUCCCACUCAGUGACGGUGCCAGGGCUGUCCCCAUCCCGCCGGUACCGCUUCCACCUCUAUGGGCUGAGGGGCAGGAAGAAGAUUGAUCAUGUCUCCACCGAGACCAUGACAGCUGCAGCAGAGACAGAGGAGCAGCCCCUGCCCUCACAGAAGCCCCAACAUAAAAAACCUCGAACUGAGUCCCCAGCAUCUGAGGCACCCCUUCUGCAGGCGGUGCUGGGAGAGCUGAGAGUCUCCAGUGUCACACCCAGCUCUGUGCAGCUGCACUGGACUGUCCCCAGUGGCUCCUUUGACUCCUUCACGCUGCAGUACCGGGAUGCCCAGGGCCAGCCCCAGGCCCUGCCCAUCGACGGGAGGUCAGACUCAGUGAUGGUGCCAGGGCUGUCCCCAUCUCACCGGUACCGCUUCCACCUCUACGGGCUGCAGGGUAGGAAGAAGAUUGACCAUGUAUCCACUGAGGCUGUGACAGGCGCAGAAGAGCCCGAGGAGAUACUCCUUCCCUCAGAAGAGCAAAAACAUGAGAAACUUCAAACUGAGAAGCCCCCAUCUGAGGCCCCCAUGGUGCAGGCGGUGCUAGAGGAGCUGAGAGUUUCCAGUGUCACACCUGACUCUGUCCAGCUGCAGUGGAGUGUCCCUGAGGGCUCCUUUGACUCUUUCACACUACAGUACCGGGAUGCCCAGGGCCAGCCCCAGGCCCUGCCCAUUCAUGGAGGGUCCCGAUCGGUGACGGUGCCAGGGCUGUCCCCAUCCCGCCGGUACCGCUUCCACCUCUAUGGGCUGAGGGGCAGGAAGAAGACUGACCGUGUCUCUAUUGACAUUAUCACAGGAGCUACAGAAGAGCCAGAGGAACCGCCCCUGCCCACAGAGGAACCACAGCAUGAGAAACCCCAAACUGAGGCCCCCCCAUCUGAGGCCACUCCAGCAAAGGCAGUGCUGGAAGACCUGAGGGUCUUGAGCGUCACCCCCAGCUCUGUGCAGCUGCACUGGACUGUCCCCAGUGGCUCCUUUGACUCCUUCAUGCUGCAGUACCGGGAUGCCCAGGGCCAGCCCCAGGCCCUGCCUGUUGAUGGGGGGUCUCGCUCGGUGACAGUGCCUGGCUUGUCCCCGUCCCAUCGGUACCGCUUCCACCUCUAUGGGCUGCGUGGAGGCAAAAGGAUUGACCAUGUCUCUACCGACACUGUCACAGCCAGUGAAGAACCCUUGCCCUCAGAGGAGCCCCAGCAGGAGAAGCCCAAAACUGAGUCCCCAGCAUCUGAGACACUCCCAGCAAGAGCUGUGCUGGGGGAGUUGAAGGUCACCAGUGUCACACCCGACUCUGUGCAGCUGCAGUGGAACGUCCCUGAGGGCUUCUUUGACUCUUUCACACUACAGUACCGGGAUGCCCAGGGCCAGCCCCAGGCCCUGCCAAUCGAUGGAGAGUCCCGCUCAGUGAUGGUGCCAGGGCUGUCCCCUUCCCAGCGGUACCACUUCCAUCUCUAUGGGCUGAGGGGCAGGAAGAAGAUUGACCACAUUUCCACCGAGGUCAUGACAGGAGCUGCAGAAGAGCCAGAGGAACUGCCCCUGCCCACAGAGGAACCGCGGCAUGAGAAACCCCAAACUGAGGCCCCCCCAUCUGAGGCCACUCCAGCAAAGGCAGUGCUGGAAGACCUGAGGGUCUUGAGCGUCACCCCCAGCUCUGUGCAGCUGCACUGGACUGUCCCCAGUGGCUCCUUUGACUCCUUCAUGCUGCAGUACCGGGAUGCCCAGGGCCAGCCCCGGGCCCUGCCUGUUGAUGGGGGGUCUCGCUCGGUGACAGUGCCUGGCUUGUCCCCGUCCCAUCGGUACCGCUUCCACCUCUAUGGGCUGCGUGGAGGCAAAAGGAUUGACCGUGUCUCUGCCGACACUGUCACAGCCAGUGAAGAACCCUUGCCCUCAGAGGAGCCCCAACAGGAGAAGCCCAAAACUGAGUCCCCUGCAUCUGAGGCACUCCCAGCAAGAGCUGUGCUGGGGGAGCUGAGAGUCUCCGGUGUCACAGCCGACUCUGUGCAGCUGCAGUGGAACGUCCCAGAGGGCUCCUUUGACUCUUUCACACUACAGUACCGGGAUGCCCAGGGCCAGCCCCAGGCCCUGCCAAUCGAUGGAGAGUCCCGCUCAGUGAUGGUGCCAGGGCUGUCCCCUUCCCAGCGGUACCGCUUCCAUCUCUAUGGGCUGAGGGGCAGGAAGAAGAUUGACCACAUUUCCACCGAGGUCAUGACAGGAGCUGCAGAAGAGCCAGAGGAACUGCCCCUGCCCACAGCGGAACCGCGGCAUGAGAAACCCCAAACUGAGGCCCCCCCAUCUGAGGCCACUCCAGCAAAGGCAGUGCUGGAAGACCUGAGGGUCUUGAGCGUCACUCCCAGCUCUGUGCAGCUGCACUGGACUGUCCCCAGUGGCUCCUUUGACUCCUUCAUGCUGCAGUACCGGGAUGCCCAGGGCCAGCCCCGGGCCCUGCCUGUUGAUGGGGGGUCUCGCUCGGUGACAGUGCCUGGCUUGUCCCCGUCCCAUCGGUACCGCUUCCACCUCUAUGGGCUGCGUGGAGGCAAAAGGAUUGACCGUGUCUCUGCCGACACUGUCACAGCCAGUGAAGAACCCUUGCCCUCAGAGGAGCCCCAACAGGAGAAGCCCAGAACUGAGUCCCCUGCAUCUCAGGCACUCCCAGCACGAGCAGUGCUGGGGGAGUUGAAGGUCUCCAGUGUCACAGCCGACUCUGUGCAGCUGCAGUGGAAUGUCCCAGAGGGCUCCUUUGACUCCUUCAUGCUGCAGUACCGGGAUGCCCAGGGCCAGCCCCAGGCCUUGCCCAUCGAUGGCGAGUCCCGCUCAGUGACAGUGUCAGGGCUGUCCCCUUCACAGUGGUACCGCUUCCACCUCUGUGGGUUGCAAGGCAGGAAGAAAAUUGAUCGUGUGUCCACGGAGGUCAUGACAGGAGCUGCAGAAGAGCCAGAGGAACUGCCCCUGCCCACAGAGGAACCGCAGCAUGAGAAACCCCAAACUGAGGCCCCCCCAUCUGAGGCCACUCCAGCAAAGGCGGUGCUGGAAGACCUGAGGGUCUCGAGCAUCACCCCCAACUCUGUGGAGCUGCACUGGACUGUCCCCAGUGGCUCCUUUGACUCCUUCAUGCUGCAGUACCGGGAUGCCCAGGGCCAGCCCCAGGCCCUGCCUGUUGAAGGGGGGUCUCGCAUGGUGACAGUGCCUGGCUUGUCCUUGUCCCACCGGUACCGCUUUCACCUUUAUGGGCUGAGAGGCAGGAAGAAGAUUGACCACAUUUCCACCGAGGUGGUGACAGGAGCUGCAGAAGAGCCAGAGGAACUGCCCCUGCCCACAGCGGAACCGCGGCAUGAGAAACCCCAAACUGAGGCCCCCCAAUCUGAGGCCACUCCAGCAAAGGCAGUGCUGGAAGACCUGAGGGUCUUGAGCGUCACCCCCAGCUCUGUGCAGCUGCACUGGACUGUCCCCAGUGGCUCCUUUGACUCCUUCAUGCUGCAGUACCGGGAUGCCCAGGGCCAGCCCCAGGCCCUGCCUGUUGAUGGGGGGUCUCGCUCGGUGACAGUGCCUGGCUUGUCCCCGUCCCAUCGGUACCGCUUCCACCUCUAUGGGCUGCGUGGAGGCAAAAGGAUUGACCGUGUCUCUGCCGACACUGUCACAGCCAGUGAAGAACCCUUGCCCUCAGAGGAGCCCCAGCAGGAGAAGCCCAAAACUGAGUCCCCAGCAUCUGAGACACUCCCAGCACGAGCAGUGCUGGGGGAGUUGAAGGUCUCCAGUGUCACAGCCGACUCUGUGCAGCUGCAGUGGAAUGUCCCUGAGGGCUCCUUUGACUCCUUCAUGCUGCAGUACCGGGAUGCCCAGGGCCAGCCCCAGGCCCUGCCCGUUGAUGGACAGUCCCGCUUAGUGAUGGUGCCAGGGCUGUCCCCUUCCCAUCGGUACCGCUUCCAUCUCUAUGGGCUGAGGGGCAGGAAGAAGAUUGACCAUGUGUCCACUGAGGUUGUAACAGGAGCUGCAGAAGAGCCAGAGGAACUGCCCCUGCCCACAGAGCAACCGCAGCAUGAGAAACCCCAAACUGAGGCCCCCCCAUCUGAGGCCACUCCAGCAAAGGCGGUGCUGGAAGACCUGAGGGUCUUGAGUGUCACCCCCAGCUCUGUGCAGCUGCACUGGACUGUCCCCAGUGGCUCCUUUGACUCCUUCAUGCUGCAGUACCGGGAUGCCCAGGGCCAGCCCCAGGCCCUGCCUGUUGAUGGGGGGUCUCGCUCGGUGACAGUGCCUGGCUUGUCCCCGUCCCAUCGGUACCGCUUCCACCUCUAUGGGCUGCGUGGAGGCAAAAGGAUUGACCGUGUCUCUGCCGACACUGUCACAGCCAGAGAAGAGCCCCUGCCCUCAGAGGAGCCCCAACAGGAGAAGCCCAAAACUGAGUCUCCAGCAUCUGAGGCACUCCCAGCAAGAGCAGUGCUGGGGGAGCUGAGAGUCUCCGGUGUCACAGCCGACUCUGUGCAGCUGCAGUGGAAUGUCCCUGAGGGCUCCUUUGACUCCUUCAUGCUGCAGUACCGGGAUGCCCAGGGCCAGCCCCAGGCCCUGCCUGUUGAUGGGGGGUCUCGCUCAGUGAUGGUGCCAGGGCUGUCCCCGUCCCAGCGGUACCGCUUCCACCUCUAUGGGCUGAGGGGCAGGAAGAAGAUUGACCACGUUUCCACCGAGGUUGUGACAGGAGCUGCAGAAGAGCCAGAGGAACCGCCCCUGCCCACAGAGGAACCGCAGCAUGAGAAACCCCAAACUGAGGCCCCCCCAUCUGAGGCCACUCCAGCAAAGGCGGUGCUGGAAGACCUGAGGGUCUUGAGUGUCACCCCCAGCUCUGUGCAGCUGCACUGGACUGUCCCCAGUGGCUCCUUUGACUCCUUCAUGCUGCAGUACCGGGAUGCCCAGGGCCAGCCCCAGGCCCUGCCUGUUGAUGGGGGGUCUCGCUCGGUGACAGUGCCUGGCUUGUCCCCGUCCCAUCGGUACCGCUUCCACCUCUAUGGGCUGCGUGGAGGCAAAAGGAUUGACCGUGUCUCUGCCGACACUGUCACAGCCAGUGAAGAACCCUUGCCCUCAGAGGAGCCCCAGCAGGAGAAGCCCAAAACUGAGUCCCCAGCAUCUGAGACACUCCCAGCAAGAGCUGUGCUGGGGGAGUUGAAGGUCACCAGUGUCACACCCGACUCUGUGCAGCUGCAGUGGAACGUCCCUGAGGGCUUCUUUGACUCUUUCACACUACAGUACCGGGAUGCCCAGGGCCAGCCCCAGGCCCUGCCAAUCGAUGGAGAGUCCCGCUCAGUGAUGGUGCCAGGGCUGUCCCCUUCCCAGCGGUACCACUUCCAUCUCUAUGGGCUGAGGGGCAGGAAGAAGAUUGACCAUGUGUCCGCCGAGGUUGUAACAGGCAACCCAGAGGAUCUGCCCCCAUCCUCAAAGGACCCCACAGAUGAGGCAUCCACAACUGAGGCCCCUACAGCUCAGGACCACAAACCUGAGCAUUCCCAAACUGAGGCCCCCUCAGCACAGGCAGUGUUGGGAGAGCUGAAGGUGUCCAGUAUCACACCUGACUCUGUGCAGCUGCAGUGGAGCGUCCCAGAGGGCUCCUUUGACUCCUUCAUGCUGCAGUACCGGGACGCCCAGGGCCAGCCCCAGGCUCUGCCAAUCGAUGGCGGGUUGCACUCAGUGACAGUGCCAGGGCUGUCCCCUUCCCACCGGUACCACUUCCACCUCUAUGGGCUGUACAGAGGGAAAAGGAUUGACCACGUUUCCAUCAACGUCAACACAGCCACAGACAAGCAAGAGGAGCCACCCUCCCCCUCAGAGGAGCCCCAAACUGAAGCCCCACCAACUGAGGACAACCAACCUGAGCACCCCCAAACUGAGGUCCCCCCGGUGCAGGUGGUGCUGGGGGAGCUGAAGGUCUCCAGUAUCACACCUGACUCUGUGCAGCUGCAGUGGAGUGUCCCUGAGGGCUCCUUUGACUCCUUCAUGCUGCAGUACCGGGAUGCCCAGGGCCAGCCCCAGGCCCUGCCCAUCGAUGGCGGGUCUCGUUCGGUGACAGUGCCAGGGCUGUCCCCUUCCCGCCGGUACCGCUUCCACCUCUAUGGGCUGCAGGGCAGGAAGAGGACAGACCGUGUCUCCACCGACAUUAUCACAGCCAAGACAAAGGAGCUGCCCCUGACCUCAGAGGAGCCACCCCUGACCUCAGAGGAGCCCAAAACUGAGGCCAUCUCAUCUGAUGCCCUGCCAGCACGGGCAGUGCUGGGGGAGCUGGAGGUCUCCAGUGUCACACCUGACUCUGUGCAGCUGCAGUGGAGCGUCCCAGAGGGCUCCUUUGACUCCUUCAUGCUGCAGUUCCGGGAUGCCCAGGGCCAGCCCCAGGCCCUGCCCAUCGAUGGCGGGUCUCGUUCGGUGACAGUGCCAGGGCUGUCCCCAUCCCGGCAGUACCGCUUCCACCUCUACGGCUUGAAAGGUGGAAAAAGGAUUGACCACAUGUCCACUGAUGUUGUGACAGAUGCAGCAGUGCCAAAGCAGCUGCCCCUACCCUCACAGGAGCCCCAACCCGAAGACACACAACCUGAGCAGCCCCAAACUGAGGCCAGCCAGGGACAUGUGGUGCUGGGGAAGUUGAGGGUCUCCAGUGUCACCCCCAACUCUGUGCAGCUGCAGUGGAGUGUCCCUGAGGGCUCCUUUGACUCCUUCACGCUGCAGUAUCGGGAUGCCCAGGGCCAGCCCCAGGCCCUGCCCGUUGAUGGCGGGUCUCGCUCUGUGACAGUGCCAGGGCUGUCCCCUUCCCGGCGGUACCGCUUCCACCUCUAUGGGCUGCGGGACAGGAGGAGGAUUGACCGCGUCACCACCGAUGUUGUCACAGCUGACCCAGAGGAUCUGUCCCUACCCUCGAUGGACACCCCAACUUGGGGCCCCCCAGCUGAGGAUCAUGAAACUUCACAUCCCGAAGCCGAGGCCCCUCCAUCUGCGGCCCCCUUGGCACGGGGAGUGUUGGGAGAGCUGAGAGUCUCCAGUGUCACACCCAGCUCUGUGGGGCUGCAAUGGAGUGUCCCAGAGGGCCGAUUUGACUCCUUCAUGCUGCAGUACCGGGAUGCCCAGGGCCAGCCCCAGGCCCUGCCCAUUGAUGGCGGGUUGCACUCAGUGACAGUGCCAGGGCUGUCGCCUUCCCGGCGGUACCGCUUCCACCUCUAUGGGCUGCGGGGUGGGAAGAAGACUGACCAUGUCUCCACUGACAUCAUCACAGCUGAUGGGGAAGCUGCAGCUGUGCCAGAGGAGCUGCCAGUGCCCUCAGAGGAGCCCCAAAAUGAACAACACCAAACUAAGGCCCCAUCUGCAACCACUCCAGCACGGGCAGUGGUGAAGGAACUGAGAGUCUCCAGUGUCACACCCAACUCUGUGCAGCUGCAGUGGAGAGUCCCCGAGGGCUCCUUUGACUCCUUCAUGCUGCAGUAUCGGGAUGCCCAGGGCCAGCCCCAGGCCAUGCCAAUCGAUGGAGAGUCCCGCUCAGUGACAGUUCCGGGGCUGUCCCCUUCCCAUCGGUACCGCUUCCACCUCUAUGGGCUGAGGGGCAGGAAGAGGGUCUACCAUACCUCCACUGAAGCUGUUACCGCUGAAACAAACUUGGAUGAGCUACCCACGCCUUCAGAGGAGUUCCAACCUGAGGACCCCCAACCUAAAGAUCCUCCAGUUGAGUCCCCAUCAACUGACACCCCCUCUGCACGGGCAGUGCUGGGGGAGCUGAAGGUCUCCAGUGUCACACCCAGCUCUGUGCAGCUGCAGUGGAGCGUCCCUGAGGGCUCCUUUGAUUCCUUCAUGCUGCAGUACCGGGAUGCCCAGGGCCAGCCCCAGGCUCUGCCCAUUGAUGGAGAGUCCCGCUCAGUGACGGUGCCAGGGCUGUCCCCUUCUCACCGGUACCGCUUCCACCUCUAUGGGCUGAGGGGAGGGGAAAGGAUUGACCGUGCCUCUACUGACAUCGUCACAGCCACAGCCAAGACAGAGGAGCUGCCCCUGCCCUCAGAGGAACCCCAACCUGAAGACCCCAAAGGAAAAGACCCCCCAGCUGAGGCCACUCCAUCUGUGGACCCCCUGGCACGGGCAGUGCUGGGAGAGCUGAAGGUCUCCAGUGUGACACCCAGCUCUGUGGAGCUGCAGUGGAAUGUCCCUGAGGGCUCCUUUGACUCCUUCACGCUGCAGUACCGGGAUGCCCAGGGCCAGCCCCAGGCCCUGCCCAUCGAUGGCGGGUCCCGAUUGGUGACGGUGCCAGGGCUGUCCCCUUCCCAGCGGUACCGCUUCCACCUCUAUGGGCUAAGAGGAGGGAAAAGGAUUGACCAUGUCUCCACUGAGGCCAUCACUGGUGCCCCAGGGACCCUCUGGGUGGGCUCUGUGUGGCCCCGCAGUGCCUGGCUGCACUGGGACACCCUGCAGGCCCCCCCUGAUGGCUAUGAGCUGGAGUAUGGCCCCCCCGGCGGACCCCAGCAGAGCCUGUGGCUGCCUCCCGAGGCUACAUCACAGCAGGUGUGGGGGCUGGAGCCGGCAGGACACUAUGGGGUGCAGUUGUGGGCCCGAGGGGGAGACCCCCAGACAGCCCCCCUCGAGGCCACCUUUGACACUCCCCCCCUCCCGCACCCGCACCCCCGGGACUGCGCCGAGGAGCAGCUGAACGGGCCGGGCCCCUCGCGGGAGACCCUCAUCUUCCUCCGGGGGGACCCGGCCCGGCCCCUCCGCGUCUUCUGCGACAUGGAGACGGACGGCGGCGGCUGGCUGGUGUUCCAGCGCCGCCAGGACGGGAGCACCGACUUUUGGCGGGGGUGGGAGUCGUAUGCCCGCGGCUUCGGCAACGUCAGCGGCGAAUUCUGGCUCGGCAACGAGGCGCUGCACGAGCUGACGAGCGCGACGCGCACGGAGCUGCGCGUGGACCUGCGCACCGCCCGCGACGCCGCCUUCGCGCUCUACCGCGACUUCGCCGUCGGCGGCGCCGAGGAGCGGUACCGGCUCCGGGUGGGAGCGUUCAGCGGCACCGCCGGAGACGCCCUCUCCUACCAUUCGGGCAGCCCCUUCUCGACACGGGACCGGGACUUCCGAGACCCUCGGGACCGCCGGGACCCCUCGGGGCGGCCCCGGCCCCCACCCUGCGCCGUAGCCUAUGGGGGAGCCUGGUGGUACCGCAACUGCCACUAUGCCAACCUGAACGGGCGCUAUGGGACCCCCCGAGACCACCAGGGCAUCCACUGGUUCCCCUGGAAAGGUUUCAAUGUCUCCAUCCCCUUCACCGAGAUGAAGCUGCGGCCGCAGCGUGGCUGAGGGGACUGGGGGGUCCCCUGAGUGCUGGGGCUAAGGAAUACCAGAAUCUGGGGGCCCCCUGGAUGCUGGGGGGUCCCACAUGGGAUCUGGGGCAUUCCAAAGGUGAAACUUUUAUUGGGGGGUAAAUAAAAGCUGAUGGUGA